CUCGCUGCAACCCAACUCGGCUCCUGUCUUUUCGACGACGACGACAUCUGUACAAGCCUGCCAGGCGCACCAUUCCGCUCUUUGCAACACGCACACUCCUUAGAUCUCAGCAACAAUGAAGUAUUUCGCGUCUCUCGCUGCGUUCGCCGCCGUCGUCCCUGCCCUCGUGAGUGGUCUGACUGUCAACACCAUCACCACUGGCGUCAAUGAGUGUGAGCCCGUGCUCUUCACCUGGAACGGUGGAGUUGCUCCCUACUUUUUGUCCCUCGUCCCGAACAAGGACACCAGUGCUGCGGCGAUCAAGAACUUUGGUCAGAUUAGCGGUACCAGCUACACCUGGACCGUUGACCUGGCCCAAGGCACUUCCUUCACGACUGUGCUGAAGGACAGCACUGGCGCCAACGCUUUGUCUGACCAGCAGACCGUCGCCUCUGGCUCUGGCACGAGCUGUGUGAACACCUCUGUGACGGAGAGUGGUGGCUCUGUUGGUACUGCUUCCGCGACCGCUGCGACGAACGGUGCCAGCACUGCUGCGGCGUCCACGACUGGUGCAUCGGCUGCCAAGUCCUCGGGCUCGGCUUCUGGCUCGGCCUCGUCCAGCGCGGCUAAGACCUCUUCGACCAACAGCAGCAACGGCGCUGGCCGCACCUCCGUUGGUGCUUUCGGUCUUACUGCGUUGAUGGGCUUGGUUGGCGCGGCUCUCUUCUGAACUCUGGACCGUUGUUGUUGUGAUUCAUAGUUACCUAUUUCCUUGGACGGUCGUGUCAUAGAAUUUCGGUAAUCAGGAUCUCUGUAAACCUCUUACUCUAUGCACACAUGCCUUCCGAA